AUGGAGAAACAGUACAAGUUUAGCCUGGCCACAUCAAUCAGUAAAGCUCAGGCUGGUCAACUUUUGGCUGGCUACAAGGUUCACGUGACUAGGUCCGUAAAACCAGACCCGUCACAGAUGCAGGAUAUACUCAAGUUUGCUGGGGCACAGUAUAUGAAGAGCAUGCCUAGCAAGCCCCAGGACAAGCUUGUGGUUAUUUCCUGUGCCGAAGAUCAACCCUUGUGCCUGCCAGCCAUCAAGGCAGGAAUCCCUGUUGUAGGGACAGAGUUCAUCCUUACUGGCAUUUUGAGACAAGAACUUGAUCUAGAAUCAUUUUCACUGUUUCAAGAUGAAGCAAAGUCACAGAAGAAGGCAGUCCAGAAGAAAUAA